UUAUUUCACUAACUUGAGAACCCUUGCAGAUGCGUUUGGACCAACUUUAAUUCCAUGAAAGUAGUAAUCAACAUUUUCAAUUUUCUUCGGUUUUAAUCAAACAACUCAUCUAGAAUUAGUAAUAAUAAUAAACCACAUUAUAAUAAAUGUUCAUAUUUUUGGUUUGUAAUUAAAUUAUUUAUAUAUAUAUGCCGAAGGGUGUAUAUCCAAAUUAGUGGUUGUCGGUAGGCGUUUACGCAUAAGCCACUCAAACUCAAACAACUCCACACACAAAACGACAAGCAGCAGCAGUUCCCAGGUGCGGCGUUCGGCGGAAAAUUUCACACAAACUCACCAAUUCAAACCCAAAAACUCAAACUCAACAAUAACAAAAGAAAAAAAAAAGAAAAAAGAAUAACAAUAAUAUCAAACUAAGCAAAAUAACAAUACGAAACUAAAGUCGGUCUACCCCAUUAAAAAAAUGUUCCCUGUAAACCCUGCACAAUGGGCCUUCAUUGUUUCCCAUUCUUCUUUUUACUUUUGCUUUGCUUUUGCCUAAUGCCUACCCUUAUAUAAGAACCCCUCCACCACUUUCUGCUCCUUAACCACAAUAGUUAUAUUUUUAUAUAUAUAUAUUUAUACACAUAUAGUUAUUAAGUUAUAUAUAUGUAAUGAUAUGCCCCACUCCACUGAACCCACCUCCCCAUUUAUCAUAUUAUUCCCUUUAACACAAUUUUAAGUUUGAGGUUGCACCGUUUCCUAGUAUAUCCGUGUGCCUCAAAAUUUUUAAUAUAACUACUUUCUUACUCUUCUCCAAAGCACUCUCUCUUUAGAUCAUAAUAAUAACAACUAGUACUACUAGAAGCAGUAGUAGUAAUAUAGUAUAUAAUAUAUAGUAUAGUCUCUCUAGAUGGCUUCGGCGACUACUGGGACCGGUUCAGCAGGGUCACCGUGCGGUGCGUGCAAGUUCCUUCGGCGGAAGUGCGCCGCCGACUGCAUAUUCGCCCCAUACUUCUGCUCGGAGCAAGGCCCUGCUCGGUUCGCCGCCAUACACAAAGUGUUCGGAGCUAGCAAUGUGUCUAAGCUCUUGUUACACGUGCCGGUUCCUGAUCGCUGUGAAGCUGUGGUUACCAUUGCCUACGAAGCUCAAGCCAGGAUUAGAGACCCUGUUUAUGGCUGCGUUGCUCACAUUUUUGCCCUGCAACAACAGGUGGCAUGUCUGCAAGCACAACUGGUGCAAGCGAAGGCUCAACUAGCUCAAAGUUAUAAUGAUCAUUCAAGGAGUAGUACUACUCAUCAUCAUUUAGAGAACAACAUUAUGAAUCAGUAUGGAUCAUCAUCAGCAACGAAUAACUUGUAUCUCAACAAUAAUAGUAAUAGUACUUACGUGAACAACUACCCAAUUUCGCCUCAGAGCUCGCUGGACUCAGUGGACCAAAACGGUAGUGAUUUGAUGAUGAACGGCGGUGGCGGUGGCGGCCGCGGCGCUCAUCAUCAGGAGAUAGAAAGCGGCAGAUCAGUAGUUUCAGCUGAGGAUUAUUACCUUGUCCAAGCUGCUGCUGCUGCUUGUUCGAGGAAGAGACCAAGCAAUGGUGAGUUGGGUGAGCUUCAUGCUCUAGCCCUUAGAAUGAUGAGGAAUUAGCUAGAGAUUGAAUUGAGUUUUGAUGUUCAUAUAUGAUAGAUGAUUAUCAUGAUAUUGAUCAACGAUCGAUAUUGAUUCAUGAUGAUGAUCAUGAUCGAGAGCUGUACUGUACGCCCCAGAUGAAUGAAUUAAUGUAUAUAUACUAA